AUGGAGGCCGCUUCAGCGCGAAUGGCGGCCCGGGACCGCUUCGGUGUCAUGGGCGACCCAGGCCCGUCGCAGCUACAACGAUAUAUUCAACAAGCCUGCAGUCCAGAGAACUUCGAACCAAAUCUGGCGCUCAAUCUUGAGAUAUCCGACCUGAUCAACUCGAAGAAAGGCAACGCGCCUCGAGAAGCGGCCGUAGCUAUCGUCAACUAUAUCAACCAUCGAAAUCCAAACGUCUCCCUCUUGGCACUUAACCUGCUCGAUAUCUGCGUUAAGAACUGCGGCUACCCGUUUCACCUGCAGAUUAGUACGAAAGAGUUUUUGAACGAGCUCGUUAGAAGAUUUCCUGAACGGCCACCUAUUCGAGCAACCAGAGUUCAACAGAAGAUUUUAGAGGCCAUUGAAGAAUGGCGGGGUACAAUCUGCUUGACCUCGAGGUACAAGGAGGACCUGGGGUUUAUCAGAGACAUGCAUAGACUUUUGAGCUACAAGGGCUACGUUUUCCCAGAGGUUAGAAGAGAGGAUGCUGCUGUCUUGAAUCCUAGCGAUAACCUCAAGUCGGCAGACGAGAUGGAGGAGGAAGAAAAGGCUGCUCAGUCCGCGAAGCUUCAAGAGUUAAUAAGACGCGGUGGCCCAGAGGAUCUUCAGGAAGCGAAUAGGUUGAUGAAGAUAAUGGCGGGCUAUGAUACGAGACAAAAAACCGACUAUCGAGCCAAGGCAGCAGAGGAGGUUGGCAAGGUGCAACAAAAGGCACGACUCCUAGAAGAGCGUCUUGCUGAGUUCAAGCCUGGGGAUAAGAUGACUGAGGGGGACGUCUAUGAAGAGCUGGCAUCUGCUUUACAAAGCGCACACCCAAAGAUCCAACGAAUGUGCGAGGAAGAGUCCGACGAUCAUGAAGCAGUAGCGAAACUGCUCGAGAUAAACGAUAGCAUCCACCGCACGGUUGAGCGCUACAAGUUGAUGAAGAAGGGCGAAGUAGACGCGGCUGCAAAAAUCGCAGCAGGAACACUUGGCACUAGUACCGGUGUUGGCAAAAAUGCUGCUAACGAGCUAUCGUUGAUUGAUUUUGAUGGCGAUGCAGCUGAUACCAAUGGCAAUGGAAACACUGCUUCAGAGCCGCCGGCCUCUGGGCAAGCUGGAGGACUUGAAGAUGAUUUACUGGGCCUAUCCAUAGGUAUGCCAGGACCUGCGUUAAUGUCUACAACGACGGAGCAUAGCACCGCACGAGGCCCGGCUCCAACAUUUCCUGCUACUUCUCAGCAGCCAGCUGUUGUCAAGCCAGAUUACUCUGCGUUUUCGGCUUUUGGCUCUCCUUCGCAUCCUGUAUCCAAGUCCACAACGCCACAACCAUCAUUGUUCCAGCAGCAGCAGCAGCAGCAAGCUGCUUUGGCACACAAACCUCAGCCAGCUCCACCCGCUGCCGAUCCCUUUGCUGCUCUAACUUCCCCAAUACGAAACUCGACGCCACAGCAACCAACUCCCUCGAUGUUCGAUUUUGCCUCUCUUCAGACAUCAAAACCGGGACCAGCGCCUUUGCCUGCGGCGGAUGACGAUGAGUGGGCAUUUGAAUCGGCUCUACCAGAUGGACUUCCGUCUUCGAACACCAUCGCAGUCAGCAGGACUGGUUUAAGUAUAGAUAUGAUGGCGUCUCGCGAACCACAGAACCCAUCUAUUAUCAAUCUCUCCCUGUCUUUUUCGAAUCAGUCAGAGAUGCCCAUCUCAGAACUUAUGUUCAUGGCCGCAGUCACAAAGGGCUAUUCUCUCAAACUACAGCCACAAACUGGGCGAAUAUUACAGCCACGGGAACAAGCAGGUAUCAAACAAGUCAUAUUGCUCAACGGGGUGGAGCCCGGAAAAGGCGAUUCGGUAAAGUUACGAUGGAAGGUUUCUUACAUACUAGGUGCUCAGCCGAUAAACGAGCAAGGAGAGAUCUCCUCCCUAGGUAUUUCUUGA